UAAGAUGGUCACUGAUCCCAUAAAAGAAAUCAGUCUCAGCCAGCGAUAGUGUCCUGCUCAAGCCAACAGACAUGUCGGAAUUUCUGGAAGACCCGUCUGUGCUCACUAAAGAUAAGCUUAAAAGUGCGCUGUUGGCCCAUAACGUGGCUUUGCCGAAUGGCGACCAGAGGAAGGAUGUGUACGUGCAGCUGUACUUGAAGAAUCUGACCGCGCAAAACAAAAAGAGCAGCGGCUCUCCAGAUGUCUUCUCCAGCGACGAGGAUCUGCCUCCAGCCCCCGUGAUCUCCAACAGGAGCCGCUCUGGCAGGAAAGCCACCAGGAAAACGGACAAAGUUCGUCCAGAGGAUGUUGAUGUCACUGAAUUGAGCAAUGAGGGUUUGAAAGACCUGUUGCUGAAGUAUGGCCUGAAUGCUGGACCCAUUGUUGCGUCCACUCGUAAGGUGUACGAGAAGAGGCUUCAGAAGCUGCUGGAUCAGGGUCCUCCUGAAGCUGUGGCUCCUCCCUCAGAAACAUCACAGACAGACGGCGGCCAGAAUGGCAACACAGACUCAGACCAGUACAGCGACAAGGAGGAAGAAACCGUAGCUCCAGCCCCUGUGUCUCUGCCUGAACCGGAAGUGGAGGUCGAACCCAUCCCAGUUGUGGAGAGACCAGUCAGGAGCCGAGGGAAAACGUCAGUGACCAGCAGGACACGCAGUAUUCAGCUUAACAGGGAGGAUAAGCAGGAGGAAGAUUGGCCGGUUUUGAAUGUUAAGAGAAAGCUGAAGAGACCUUCUCACAGGCUGGAUCAGAUGGUUCCCGCCAGCGACGACACCGAAAACUCUGAGCUCUCAUCUGCAGAGUACUUCCCUGUUUCGCAAGACAGGAGAAGAACAGGACAUGUGGCAGAAAGAAAAGACCCCAGACCACUGCUUACAGACAGGACAUCACAGCUCUCGUCUAAGACUGAAUCUCUGAAGCGACGCAGCGCACCAGUCCGCUUGUUUCGGCCUGAUUUGAACGAGGCUCCCACCACUGAUAAGGAUUUGAAGGAGGUGUCUGUUCCUCUGGUGCGGAUGAAAGCGCAUCCUUUGGCAGUGCCAAAAGAACCCAAACCCUCAAAGCGGUCCUCCAUGUCUGCGACUGACUGGUCAGAAUCACCUAAACAUCACAACUCUUCUUACCAGUCCACCAUAUCCAGUUUACAUGGCGUUAGUCCAGUUUACAAGUUUGAUGAGAAUACCGCUGACAUCACUUCCCCUCCGAUUAGACAGUCCAAUCGAGAGCCACUUGUUUCCCUUCUUAACACUGCUUGUGUUGAGGUUGAUGACCAGGGUAUGCAGGACAUCCUGAGCUGUAGACCUGCGAGCCGAGCUCCUGUGGCUCAGGAAGUCAAAUCUGUCUCUGUAUCGAAGUACUCAAGGCCUCAUUUGAGUCAGAACAAACCCUUGACAGACAUGAGGUGCCAUCUUUCACUUGACUGCGAUGGCCAAAGAGAGGUUUUCCCAUCACACUCGCUUUCUUUUAGGGACUCCCGUGUGGCUCCAGAGGACUCUCUUCGAGUCUCGUUUGACCUUUCCCAGGGGAGCUGUGGCUCACCAGAGACCCAGCCCAAGACGAGACAGUCCAAAAUCACGCCUUUCCUCUCCCAACUCACUUCUGUCCGAGGACUUGAUAGCAGCCAGACGGAGACACCAAAGAAGGAGACGGUGGAAAAGGUGUCAGCCAUUGAUCAGACCCCGAGGACGGUAGAGAGAGAUCUGCUAAAAGAGAUCUUUCCCAAUGAAAACCUCAGCACUCCCACUGGAAUCAGUGCCACCUGUCGCCGACCAAUCAGGGGAGCAGCUGGCCGGCCCCUGAAUGAGACAUGGCUGGACGAAUCCCGUCUCCGUCUCACAGAGUUCAGAGAAACCAGCUCCUCUUCCUACACAGAGACCCGAUCAGUUCCACGCGUGUCCGCCAUCCCUCUAGCGGCUUCCAGACCUGCGGCGCCCCCUGCUGUGAAGACCAGAGCACGACGCAGCCUGCCUGUGUGGGUACAGCUUGUGCUGCUGAGCGCGCUCGCUGGAUUCCUGUUCUUUGUCUACCAGGCCAUGGAGACUAAUGAGGUUGGACUCUUCAAGCAGAGCGGGGCCGUUGAUAGCACUAGCAAAUGAACGUCAUGCGCUUCACCCAAGUCUUUGCCCUCUUUAUCAUACUCAGCCAGUACCUCCCUUUGAUUCUGCAGUCGUGGACUUUUACCUGAGAUCUUUAUAUAUUCAUACAAAGACAGAUUUUCUCUGCUAUCAUGCCCUCUUUGAGAUGAACUGGUUUAGAGGAAUGAAUCCUGGUUUUAAUUUUAAAAGUCACGUUUUUUUGCCUUUGUGUGUUUUUCUUUUUGUUUUGUUUUUAUUAAUGAUGGUGCUGUCCAUAAGUCGGAGUGCUGAAGGAGUUGGCUAAAUACACUUGUUUUGUUUGUAAACUACAUUUAGCAUUUACUUGUGACAAUAUUUUUGCAUUUAUUUUCACAUCUAGCUCUUUAAAGGUGCCGUAUCCAUCUUAACGUUGAUGUAGUAUUUAUGUACAUGUUGUCGGAAUACAAAUAUUUUCAAUAAACUGUUUUGCAAUGUA